CCUUACCGUACACACGCUGCCUUCCCUAUCGGCCCCGGAACUGCACAAUUACUGCAUCGCUAGGCCGCACUCUCAUAAGACACAAUGUCUCGACGCACCGCAAUCGUGGAGGAAGAGUUCGACGAUGAUACAGAUCUCCCCCUCCCGAACAAACCCUUACCAAACACCGGCGCACAGGGCGCCCUCCUAGAAGAGCUAGACUUCUCGGAGGACGAGGACGACGUGCCGACUCUUCGGGAACCCCAUGCAGGCCCGGCGUCGCCGUCAUUGCCCCAGUUCAGGCCAGGAGCAGGGACGGAAGCGGGUAACGCAAUAACGGACAUCACGCCGUACAAGAAGUGGACGUGUAUCUAUCCCAUCUAUAUCGACGCCAAACGUCCUGGUGGCAGGGGAGAGCGGCGGAUAGCUCGAGGCAAGAGCGUAUGGUGGCCGCUCAGCAAGGACAUCGCGGACGCGACGAACCGUCUAGGACUGGGAACGCUGCACGAAGUACACAAGGCGCAUCCUCGCGAUUGGGAGAACCCUGGUCGUGUGCGCGUGCAGUGGAAGAAGGAUGGGCGAUUGGUUAACCCCGCGAUCAAGACCAAGAAGCAACUUCUGGAGAUGAUUUCGAUCCAGAUCCAGAUGCUCAAGCCCGAUAACGUCCCAAAGCCGCCAUACGACACCGAUCCUACUCCGCAGACCGCGGAGCCUCCCGCUCCUUCGACUCCAGUCAAGGGGAAGCAGCCCGCAAAGGGCGGUUCGAAGGCAUCAGUGGCAAAUACGACGAUCUCACCCUCCCCUGGGACGAAGCGCCCCCCAAAGGUCCCAUCCCCGCCCCAACCUUGGCCACAACUCACCAGUCGGGUCUCGCCGUACUCCCCUGCUCUCCCUUCGGGGGUACUGAUAGAGACAGUGAAGGCGGGGAUGAGCGCAGAAGCUGCACCAGGCAUCGGCGGAGGUGGUGGAGGAGGAGGGAAAGGAAAACGGAAGGUCGUCCGUGUACGAGGGUAGGAGACAACACCGGUGUCAUCCAAACUCGUGCGUUUGUACGUUGUAAACCUGCUCGUCCAAUGUUAU